GGGGUACUCGCUCUCCUUUCCUUUUCGCGAAACGAUGUCCCAGCGCGACUCCUACCCAUCGAAGCCCGAAUACGGCAAGGAUGAUAUCCGUCACAUCGAGGAGAUUCCAAACUCCGAGAAGGACACUGCUUCCUCCCCUGACCAUGCAUAUGUGCACCCGACAGGUAAUACAGGGCCAGCUGGUCGCUGGGGAAGGUUCAGGCAAUACUUCCAGGAGCCUGCCAUCCCGGCAGGCCAGUUUAUCACUCGCUAUCCGAACAGAUGGUCCCGCUACCGAGAGAUCAUUCGCGAACCCGCGGCUGAAUUCCUGGGCACCUUCGUGCUCAUGAUUUUCGGUCUUGGCAACAAUUGUCAGGUCACCCUCAGCGCCAACACGGGUGUGGCGUCCAGCCCUAAGGGUGCGUACAUCUCGACCACCUUGGGAUGGGCAGCCGCGGUCGCCUGUGGUGUCUGGGUUGCCGGUGGUAUUUCCGGUGGUCACAUCAACCCAGCCGUCACCAUUGCCUUCGCAACGUGGCGCGACUUCCCGUGGUGGAAGGUUCCCGUGUUUGUCUUCGCGCAAUUCCUCGGUGCUUUCGUCGCGGCAGCUAUCAUCUACGGCAACUAUCUAGGCGCCAUCGACAUUGUCGAGGGCGGCGGCGGCAGGACGAUCGCUAACACAGCUGGUUUAUUUGCUACAUACCCACUACCCUACAUGACCAACAUCCGGUGCUUCUUUGACGAGUUCCUGGGCACAGCGAUGCUGCUCAUUGUGGUCUGCGCUGUAACAGACAACAACAACGGCCCCCCGCCCCCUGGCCUGGUCCCUCUCUGUCUAUUCUUUGCCCUGGUCGCCAUCGGUUCUGCUAUCGGCAUGCAGACCGGUUAUGCCAUCAACCCCGCGCGUGACUUCGGCCCUCGAGUCUUCACCUCUAUGGCUGGCUACGGCAGCGCGGUAUACAGCUUCAGAGACCACUACUGGAUCUGGUGUCCCAUCAUUGCCCCAAUCUGUGGUGCCGUCGUUGGAGUCUUCUUCUACGACAUGCUUCUGUACUUGGGUAGCGAGUCCAUCCUCAAUCGUCCCGACAAGCGCGCCAGACGUGUUCACGCUCAUGCUAUGGCAGCCGAGCGCACGAAGCCGGGCAUCACCGGUCCAGAGCUCGUCUAAGGCCACAUGCCGCGUCUGUACCUCGGGAAAACGAGCGACAUAUCUGUUUCCGUUUUUUCUUUGUCUCAGUCUACGUUCCUUCGGUGUUAC